AUGCCCGGACACGCUCCUAUCCUCGUGGUCCGGGGGCUCCUGAGCACUUGGCUGUUGAGCAGCCUGUGGGUCUGGGCGCUGAGCGGCCUGGCCUUGGCGGGCUCGCUGGUGGCGCCGCCACCAUGCCAGGCGCCACAGCAGUGGGAGGGACGCCAGGUCGUGUACCAGCAGAGCAGCGGGCAUUACAGCCGCGCUUUGCUCUCCUACGAUGGCCUUAACCAGCGCGUGCGGGUGCUGGACGAGAGGAAGGCUCUGAUCCCCUGCAAGAGAUUAUUUGAGUAUAUCUUGCUCUACAAGGAUGGAGUGAUGUUUCAGAUUGAACAAGCUACCAAACAGUGUGCCAAGAUCUCCCUGACUGAUCCCUGGGAUCCUCUUGACAUUCCCCAGAACUCCACCUUUGAAGACCAGUACUCUAUUGGGGGACCUCAGGAGCAAAUCAUGGUCCAGGAGUGGUCCGACAGAAAAUAUGCACGAUCCUAUGAAACCUGGAUUGGCAUUUAUACAGUCAAGGAUUGUUAUCCUGUCCAAGAAACCUUCACUAGAAAUUACAGUGUGCUACUGUCCACACGGUUUUUUGAUGUGCAGCUGGGCAUAAAAGACCCCUCGGUGUUUACCCCUCCAAGCACGUGCCAGACAGCACAGAUGGAGAGAAUGAGCGAGGACUGCCCCUGAGGACCCUGCAGACCCUGGAGUGGCUGCCUCUGACAACAGAUGUCCAUGGCACCAGCUGCAAACAGAUUUGAGACUGAUUGGGUUGAAAGUCCUCACUAGAGACAACUAUAAUUUUUGGAGGAUAGACAUUGCUAUGGGCUUGUUGGUUUGGCUGAUUUUGAUGACUCUAGCUAUGUUUAUACAAAAAUCAAACGGAAUAAUAGUGGUAA